CACUUGCACGGAAACAUGAGGCCAGAGUUCACUCAACUUUCUCACUCUGAGCCAGUUCUUGCAAUGCAAAGCUCUCUUCACACUCCUUCUAAAAUGCCACUCCUCUGUGCACCUUCCUGGCUCUAUCUCUCCUUACAGACCUUAAAAUCUCAAUCAAAAGCAGGGCUGCUUCUGCCAGGGAAAUGUCUUCAGUUUUCAGCUCCCUGUUGCUCAAUUCACUCUCUGAAACUUGAAAGAACACUCUGUUUAUCACAUAAAACAAGAACUGCUGCUUUCCAAGAUGCUUCUGCAAUUUCAAGUGAUACAGCUGAGAGUGAUGUGUUGAAAGCCUUGUCUCAGAUUAUAGACCCUGAUUUUGGAACAGACAUUGUCUCAUGUGGGUUUGUGAAAGAUUUAGAGAUUGAUGAAGCUCAGGGAGAGGUCUCGUUUCGGUUGGAGCUCACAACACCAGCGUGCCCAGUCAAGGACAUGUUUGAACAGAGAGCAAAUGAAGUGGUUGCUAUGAUUCCUUGGGUCAAAAAUGUGAAAGUAACAAUGUCAGCACAACCAGCCAGACCCGUUUUUGCGGGGCAACUUCCUGCUGGGCUGCAGACAAUUUCAAAUAUUGUGGCAGUUUCAAGUUGCAAGGGAGGUGUGGGGAAAUCAACUGUAGCUGUAAAUCUUGCAUAUACUUUGGCUGGUAUGGGUGCUAGAGUGGGCAUUUUCGAUGCUGAUGUUUAUGGUCCAAGUUUGCCAACAAUGGUCUCCCCUGAAAACCGACUGCUAGAGAUGAAUGCCGAGAAAAGAACCAUUAUUCCAACUGAAUACAUGGGAGUCAAGUUGGUAUCUUUUGGAUUUGCUGGACAAGGUCGUGCAAUAAUGCGAGGUCCAAUGGUUUCUGGAGUCAUCAACCAACUUCUGACUACUACCGAGUGGGGGGAGCUUGAUUACCUUGUAAUUGACAUGCCACCUGGAACCGGUGAUAUACAACUUACUUUAUGCCAGGUAGUCCCAUUAACUGCUGCUGUUAUUGUGACCACCCCCCAAAAGCUAGCAUUUAUCGAUGUUGCCAAAGGAGUUCGCAUGUUUUCCAAGCUUAAGGUGCCUUGCAUUGCUGUAGUCGAGAAUAUGUGUCACUUUGAUGCUGAUGGGAAACGCUACUAUCCAUUUGGUAGAGGUUCAGGCUCUCAGGUUGUCCAGCAGUUUGGCAUCCCUCAUUUGUUCGAGCUUCCAAUUAGGCCAACUCUAUCUGCUUCUGGAGAUAGUGGAAUUCCUGAAGCUGUGGCUGAUCCUCAAGGUGAAGUUGCCAAGACAUUUCAGAACCUUGGAGUCUGUGUUGUGCAACAAUGUGCCAAGAUUCGUCAGCAAGUGUCAACAGCUGUCACAUAUGAUAAAUCAAUCAAGGCAAUUAAGGUGAAGGUGCCAGAUUCAGAUGAAGAGUUCCUUUUGCAUCCUGCAACUGUCAGACGGAAUGACCGCUCUGCCCAAAGUGUGGAUGAAUGGACUGGGGAACAAAAACUGCAGUACACUGAUGUUCCAGAAGAUAUUGAACCAGAAGAAAUUCGGCCAAUGGGAAACUACGCCGUGCAGAUAACAUGGCCAGAUGGAUUUAACCAGAUUGCUCCCUAUGAUCAACUGCAAACAAUAGAACGGCUGGUCGGAGUUCCUGAAACAGCUCCUGUAAGGGCAUAAUAAUGUCAGGUGUAAAUUCAAGGACAUUACAAUGUGAAAAUCUUUCUAAACACAGUUACCUCAAUUACAUGAAAUUAGGAUGAGGCUGAUGUAAGCUCUUCAAGUGUUUCUCUCUUCAUUUUUGCCUUCUGCGCCUGGCUCCUCCUUAUUGAGUUCUGGGCACGGUGUAUAGCGGCACUCUAAUAGCAUAAGUUCAUAUAAAUUCAUGCAAUGAAAUCUCCUGUGUUAAAUCUCAA